AUGGCUCUCCAGGCAAAGACAAGUGGUGGAGCUCUGAUGGAAUACCUCAAAGCCCCCAGGGCGAAUUACACAAUAGUAGGAGAGGCUAUACGUUUUGUCAUCCCUGCUCAUAUGCAAUGCUCAAUCGGCUGCGGAGGUCAAGCCUGCAAGUAUGACAACCCGAGUUAUUGGAGUGAUGACCAGCAAGCUAUAAAAGGCCUCUACUCAUCCUGGGUUACUGAUCAUCUUCUUGCUAUGUCCAGACCCUCGACAGAAAUCAUUCAGAAAUAUGACAUUAUUAAUCAAUUCAGAAGGAACAGUAUUAAAACAGUGAUCAACCUUCAGAUACCUGGCGAACAUGCCAGCUGUGGAAAUCCUCUGGAGCCAGAGAGCGGCUUCUCAUACCGCCCGGAGGUCUUCAUGGAGAACAACAUUUAUUUCUACAAUUUUGGCUGGAGCGACUACGGAGUGGCCAAUCUCACCACUGUGCUGGACAUGGUGAAGGUCAUGGCCUUUGCGCAGCAGGAGGGAAAGACGGCAGUUCACUGUCACGCUGGUCUUGGCAGAACAGGUGUACUGUUAGCAUGUUUCUUGGCCUACGCCACCAGGAUGACUGCUAACCAGGCUAUUUUGUAUGUGCGUGCUAAACGCCCUGGUUCUAUCCAGACCCGAGGUCAGCUGCGUUGUGUCAGAGAGUUUGUCCAGUUCCUUGCCCCUUUGAGGAGUGUGUUCUCCUGUGCCGAGCCUCAGUCCAACCCAGUCACACUAUCGCAGUACCUGAACCGCCAGAGACACAUCCUGCAUGGCUACGAGAGGAAGGAGCUGAGGCACCUACCAAAGAUCGUCCAGCUCGUGUCGAGACUUCUGAUGGACAUUGCAGAGAACCGACAGGUGAUCGAGGAGGACAUUCUGGAGGCCCCUGACAUUUAUGACAUAGAGAUGACUCUCAGCCUCAUCGAGAAGCUGGGACCUGAAAUGUUUGCCAAGGAGCCCCGCUUACCGGGUACGCCCACCUUACCCAGGCAUUUCAAUGAGCCAGCCAUCUUCUACCACCGCAAAAGUCUGAGCUACAGUGAGUCUGACUUGAGACGACUGGGCUCACAGCUCAACCUUCCCAAGCAACCCCUUGGAUCCCUGUCGCAGAAUAACAUAGAAAUGCCUGUCGCACCCCAGCGUCAGGACAGGAAUAGCAACAUGUCUGAGGCCUCCCACGGCUCAACAGGCUCACUGUGGCAAAUCAAGAAUGUAGAAAACCAAGAUGGAUCCCUUUUGUUGAGGAAAGUCAAACGGGAAUCCAUCCAGCGCAGCGGGUCCGUGGGGAACAAGGAACCUACCAAGAAGGGAUCCAUGUUGUCCAGGUGGAAGGCAGAGCAGAGGGAGGAGUUGGCCAUGAAUGGCAUGAAGCCUAAGGAUACAAAGGAGGAGCACUCAGAGAAGUCCGAGGUGCCCUACAUCACCCUGCAGACAGAGUUAUCCCUGGAAGCCAGGAGGCUGUUAGUGGCACAGGCCCUGGCAGUGGAUCUGUUUCUCGAUGGGGAAGAAGAGCACAAGAGCAAAGUCUUAGCCUGGCAGGCAGAGCUGAACCAAGGCGGAGCGUGGGAGAGGCUGUGUAUGGAGCGGGACCCCUUCAUCCUCACUGGACUCAUGUGGGCUUGGAUGGAGCACCUUAAAGAGCCAGUCAUCUCCAUCCAGGCUGCCAAAGCCCUGAACCCUGACAACCCUGAUCCUCAAACUGUCCUCAACACACUUGACCAGGCUCCUAGAGAGACACUACGGUGCAUACUAGACUGCAUGGGUAAUAUGCUGAUGAUACCAGAAGAGGUUGAAAAUGCAUUCCUCAAUCGAACUAUCAAAGCUUUCACCUGGGUGGAGCGUGACUCAGAGGAGGGGAGACAAGUAUACGAGACCAUGACUCCAGUCCUGAGGUGCGUCCUCGAAGACAAAAGAUAUACGCGCAUGGACGCAGAUGAGACAUCUCUGUCUCCCUUCUCUUUAUCAUAG